AAGAUAUAAAUAGAGAUAGACAGAUAAAGGGUGAGGGAGGCAGGAAGAGACAGAGAGAGAUAGAGAGCAAGGCAGAGUUAAGGACAGAUAGACAGCUAGAUAGAUAGACAGAGACUGUGUGAGGCAGAGAGAGAGAGGGAAACAGCUUUGGAAACAAAAUUCUGCAACCUUCGCAUGCAGGGAAGCAGAGGAUAGAACAAUCUCGUGAAAAAGAGUGAACACUCAGACCUAAUCAAUCACCUAGAGAAAAGAAAGAUUCCCUUUUUCAUGUGCACAGAGCUCUACAGAUCCCGGAGUGAAAGGCCGCUGGCCGUUCCACUCGGCUGCUGCGCUGGGCUGAUCCCCUUCCACGUCCCUUAGCGGCGCCCACGCCACCGCCGGAUGUCGCAGUCUGAGGAAGUCCUCGUCCGUUGCCCAGGACCCGAGUCCCAGACAGACUCUGGGAAAGAAGCCGCCCGGAACGAUGACAAGGGCAGAGAUGGUUACUCGUCAGGCAGCCAGCACUCCCUUACCGGGGAUGAAUUCACCGCCAACGAGAGCUCGCGCCUCAUACCCACUCCGGGAGGACCGACCUUGGCUACACCACAAGACACCUCCACCUCUCAGCCGGCAUUACCAGCGCCAGUUUUGGGUGAUGCAGGAUCGAAGCGACCGCCUUCCCUCUACGCCAACGGCGGUGCCACCCCCAGCGGUGCCCAGAGCUGCCCUGGUCCUCUGCCGCCGCCCAUUUGUACAUCCCCUGGACCCCGCCCGGAGAAGGCACGGCUCGGCUCGGCAUCCUCUGUCUGCACCCGGAGCAGCUACAAGUCGGCGAGCUCCCAGCUGCCGCCUCCUGUUGGCGAAGAUUGCUGCAUCCAUUGCAUCCUUGCAUGCCUGUUUUGUGAGCUGCUGGUGUUCUGUGACCUCCUGCUGGAUUGUGCCUCGUGUGGGGCUGGUGGAGAGGCCGGUGCUCAGGCCAGCUGCUGCUGCUGCUGCUGCUGCUGUGGUUCAGGAGAGGCCUGCCGAGGGAGUGAAGAGACCUGCCCUUGCAACAUGGAGUGUGGGGUACUGGAGGAUUGCUGUGGUUCGUCCGACUGCUUGGAAAUCUGUCUGGAGUGUUGUUCUAUCUGCUUCCCAGCCUGACAACCCCAAGA